AAAUAUUCAUGUUGAAAAUGAAGCUGCCGCAGGCGAGCCAACUCAGCUCAACGCCGUUGUGCUCCUCUAUGAACUCUCAUCAUCACAAGAAAAGGCUUCUCCAUGAUCAAUGCCAUGCCGGUGCCAUGACUACUUUAUCCAACGCCGAACAAUCGGAAAAGACUAAAUCACCGAGAAUAUUUACAUUUGGGCGAAAAAUAAGAGACAGCGUGAAGGGAAAGCUGAGCCUGGGGGCGAAGAUUGUUCAGGCAUGGGGAGUGGGGAACGUGUUCAAGUCGAAUUUCGCAUUUGAGGACGGCGAAAAACUGGUGAAGACGUUGCGAUGCUGUUUAUGGACGACGGCGGGACCCAUAGGCGGCCUUCUAUUUAUAUCAACAGAGAAGGUUUGUUUCUACAGCGAGAGAUCCUUCAACAUCCGUCGUCGCGUCGUCUCCUCCCCGCCCCCCGUUACGCCGAUUCGUUACAAGGUCACGAUCCCGCUGUCGAAAAUAAAGUGCGCGAACGGGAGGGGGGAUGCGAAGAAGCCGACAAAGAAGUAUGUUCAGGUGAUGACUGAAGACGAGUUCGAGUUUUGGUUCGUGGGAUUCAUGCGCCACAGUAGAACGUUGAGAUGUCUCCAGGAGGCAAUAGUAUCAUCUCGGAAUCAGUGUCAGCUUAUUGUGCCCCAAUCGCAAAUUCAAUAGGCUAAGAUUGCUUAGUUUUAUGUGCAGGUCUUUUAAUUUGUAUGUAUGAUGAAUUAUUAUAUAUACUCCUUUCCAGUUUCAUUUAAUCUUCUCAUUUGGCUUUUCUUUGUCAGAAUUAUUUGUAAAUUUUAUUCCCGAUAUUUGAAAAAAUAUUCUCUCCGCGACUCCGUCCCAAAAACUCUAAUCUCUUUCUUUUUUCCCCCACAAAAUCUCUCUUUUCUAUUGAAAAUCACUUUUAUUCCAAUUAAUUAUUCUUAACCUA